CCUAAACUGUGCUCACAGGGGAAGAGUUCUGAGCGUCCUCUGUUGAUUUAUUGUACAUUUGCUGUGAUCCUCGUCUUUGUACUAAGCAUCGGGUCUCUUAUAAUCUAUUUCAUCGAUUCCACCGACCCUGUUGGAAGAUGUUCUUCAUACCAAGACAAAACCAUCCCUGUUGAUUUGAUUUUCAAUGCUUUCUUCAGUUUCUAUUUCGGGUUGAGAUUUUUUGCAGCUGAUGACAAGAUCAAGUUCUGGCUGGAGAUGAAUUCCAUUGUAGACAUUUUUACCAUCCCACCAACUUUUAUUUCUUAUUAUUUGAAGAUCAAUUGGCUAGGUUUAAGGUUCCUACGAGCAUUGCGGCUACUAGAACUUCCUCAAAUCUUGCAAAUUCUACAAGUCAUCAAGACCAGUAAUUCAGUAAAGUUUUCCAAAGUGAUGGCUAUAGUUCUCAGCAGCUGGUUCACGGCGGCAGGAUUCAUUCACCUGGUGGAAAAUUCCGGUGACCCAUGGCUCAAAGGUAGAAAUUCACAGAAUAUAUCAUACUUUGAAUCCAUUUACCUGGUUGUGGCGACAACCUCAACAGCUGGCUUUGGCGAUGUGGUGGCCAAGACUUUCUUAGGACAGACCUUCAUCAUGUUCUUCAUUCUGGGGAGUUUGAUAUUAUCUGCCAACUAUGUCCCUGAAAUGGUGGAACUUCUUGCUAACACGAGGAACUACACCAGAUCCUAUGGCGUGGUCAAAGGGAAGAAGUACAUCGUGGUCUGUGGAAACAUCACUGUGGACAGUGUGACGGCUUUCCUGAGGAACUUCCUCCACCACAAGUCGGGGGAAAUCAACACGGAUAUUGUCUUCCUGGGAGAGUCCCCUCCUUCUUUGGAGCUGGAGAAGAUAUUUAAGUGCAAUUUGGCCUACACGAGUUUUAUCUGCGGAUCUGCACUGAAGUGGGAGGAUCUGAGGCGGGUUGCGGUGGAAUCUGCAGAAGCCUGCCUGAUCAUAGCCAACCCUUUGUGCAGUGACUCACAUGCUGAAGACACUUCAAACAUCUUGAGGGUACGCUGCAUCAAGAACUAUUACCCCAAGACCAGAGUCAUCAUACAAAUACUUCAAUCCCAUAACAAGGUCUACUUGCCAAAGAUUCCCAGCUGGAACUGGAGUACUGGAGACAAUAUCAUCUGCUUUGCUGAAUUAAAGCUGGGAUUCAUUGCCCAAGGCUGCUUGGUGCCAGGCUUGUGCACCUUUCUAACAUCUCUAUUUAUUGAGCAAGACAAAAAGAUCAUUCCUAAGCAGCCCUGGGAGAAACAUUUCUUGAAUGGUCUGAAGAACAAAGUUCUAACUCAACAUCUCUCCGAUGAUUUUGCUGGAAUGAGUUUUCCUGAAGUUUCCCGGCUCUGCUUCGUGAAGAUGAACCUCAUGCUCAUAGCCAUCGAACACAAAUCUGUCUUUCACGGUGGUUGCUGUGGCUUGAUACUCAAUCCCCCUGUACAAGUUAGGCUGCGCAAGAAUACAUUAGGGUUCUUUAUUGCUGAAUCUCCAAAAGAAGUCAAAAGAGCCUCCUUUUACUGUCUCAGCUGUCACAGUGAUGUGAAUACUCCUGAGCUAAUUGCAAAAUGUGGCUGCAGAAAUAGGAGCCGACAGCACCUCACAGGUACAGGAAAAAUGGUCAUGGAAAACAACUUAAAGGACAUUUCUUCCACUUCAGCAAUGCAGCGUCCUGUAUCAAAGGGGCACUCAAACAUCAUUAGCUGGAGCAGCCUGGCCACCAGAAUCGUGCUUCCAUUGAACUGAGGAUUCUGGACUACUGGGUCUGGUUAAUGGAGAUUCUACUGUACCUUCCCCACAAGCAGGGCAGGUGUCAAAUGUCUGAGCCACCAAGGGUGCCAGCAGUUUGUGCAUGAACUCUCUAAGAGGAGAGGUAGCUUCUGCCCUUCCUUGCCUGUCCAAGGUGUAAUGAAAUGUGGUGAGAUGAUACUGCUUGCUUACAGGAGAAGACAAAGAACUGGUUGAAAAAAAGGGAACUCACUAAUUUCUCUGAUUCUGAUUGUUCCUCACUAUUUUCAACAACUAAAUAGCCACAGACUAGAAAUAGAAGUGCAGAUAUUUUUUGUUUGCCUUUGAGCAUAGUUGGCAAACAGGUUUGCACUGGGUACCCUCUGUGUGCUAAGUAGGCAUUGUGUGUGAUGCUUUUGUAGACAUAGAAAGAGUGUUUCAACCCCCAUGCAAUCUAGUUGGGUAAACAAGGAGAAUUCGUAAAAGUGAAUCAAAGGCCAAAUGAAGCAACAUUCCUUCAACUGCUGCCAUGAUGGUUUUGGAAGAAAGUCAGAGGGGGACGAAGUCAACAAGAACUGAUAGACUGUUCCAGAAAGCCCUCAGGAGAUGGGAUUUGGAAAGAGAGACAGUGGGGGGUCUCAACUUCUGUGAAUGACGUGACAAGGACAAGACACAAGUGCAAUGUAGUGCCUUCUGUGUACCAGCUGGCCAGCCUGAGGGACGAUGCCGUGAGAAGCAGCCCCUCGGAUUUCUCAGGCGUGCACACUCCUGACUAUUAGCAUUGGACAUGCAUAUGUCUCUUGUGCUGAUGCAAAGUUGUUAGGAAAAUGGGGUUCAGGUUUGAAGUCAUUUUGCGGGUCUAUGAAGCCAGCGUAUGUGACAGCACAUGAAAUGCUCCAGUCAGGUUUGCUCUUUCCUACUCUUGCCCAUGUUGUCCUCUCUGUGGUAAUAAAACUUGGCAAGCCACAGAUAAUCAAAAGCCCCAGAAAACUCUGACAUGUAAUUCUCAUCACUUAGUUUUAUUGGCUUCCCUCACUAUUCUUUAGGCCAGCUGUAAAAACAAACAAUUUAACUAACUGAUUUUUUCCCACUGUCUUUACUUCUCCCAUUGUUCACGAUAAGCAAGGAAAUGGACUAAAAAGAGGAUUGAUCCAAGCAGGCCUGCCCACCUGCACACCUCAUCCAUCAGUCCUAUAUUGGGUUGAGGAAUCCCUGGGUAUGCUUUCAAAGCCCUAGAGAGGGCCAGAAAUAGUGAUAGGAAUCUGGGCAGAUCGUCUCUACAGCUGAGGAUUAAUUCACUCUCACUUCUUAAUUCCAAAGCAGAUGUGUUGCUCUGGAAUUGAACCAUACUGCUCCAAAGGACUACUCAGGGCCACACUGCUGAGUAUCUUACAUGGUGGGAUAGUAGCACCCUCUUAUAGGCGAUUUUGCCUUCUACAGUUUUAACUGCAGUCAACCACAUUUCAAAAAUAUUCACUGGAAAACUCAGAAAUAAACAAUUUAUGUGGUAUUUUUAAAAAAAACUCAUAAGAUAUUGGUACAGUUGUUCUAUUUUGGGAUUAUUGUUAAUCUCAAUGUGUCUAAUUUAUAAAUUAAACUUUAUCAUAGGUAGGUAUGCAUAGGAAAAAAACACAGCAUAUACAAAGGCAUGAUGAUUGAUUUUAUGUCAACUUGAAUGGAUUAAAGGAUACCUAGAAGCCUAAAAUUCAUGACUUUGUGUGUGUCUCUGAGGUUAUUUCCAAGUGAGAUUAUCAUGUGAGUCCGAGUGAACCAGGUGGGACGAUCCAGCAGUGACAUGGGCGGAUGCCAUCAAUUGGCUAGGCAUCUGGAGAGACUAAAUACAAAAGAUGAAUUGAUUUCUCACUCUGAGAGCUGGGAUAUGCUUGAUUCCCAUCUUAGAGGUCAGCUGCUGGCCUUUGAACUCCAGGACAUUUACAUAGCCCCCUUGUUGACACUCCAGCUUUUGGUUUUGAACUGAGGUUCAAACCCUUGGCUUCUCUGGUUUCCAGGCCCUUGGAAUUACACCAGGUGGUACUAUUGUUAUUCCAGCAUCAUCCUGAGGUGGGACUUGUAGGUGCCAUAGUCACAUGAACUAAACUCUCGAAUAAGUCCUCCUUCAUAACACUAUAUACACAUGCUAUUGAUUCUGUAUCUCUAGAGAACUCUAAUACUGCAGGAGUUGGUAAUACCCUUGGUUUCAAACUUCUACUUGUGGUCUUCUAACAUUUUAUGCAUGGCCUGGGGGUGACUACUGUGUGUGCUUCGAUAGAUAAGUACCAUUUGAGAGUGAAUUUCUGUGUCUUUUUUUCAAUGGAGUUGCUUGGCUCUGUUGAUUUAAGUACAAUGCUAGUGGAUCAAUGACAGAUCUUGGUCCCAUUUAGUACAAUAGAAUAGAUGGUUUUUGGUGUUUGUUUGGUCUUGUUUGUUUUGUGGAACAAGGAUAACUCUAGCUAGCAAAUUGACAAACACAUAUUGGUAAUAACUAUGCAAAAUAGAAUGGUCAGCUUAAUAGAGACAAGCAGGCAUUAUUUUGGGGAAAAACAUAAAAUAUGUAGUAUCUGCUUUUUUGAUCCAUUUUUGAUGUUAAUAGUAUUACAUUCAUAUACCAAAACCAGCAUAAUAUUAUUUAUAGUUUUGUUGAUAGCACAUUCUAUGCUUUUAAAGAUGUCACCAGUGGGUUUUCCAGUAAGUUCAGAAACAACUAUCUUCUCUUGCUAGUGCUGAAACACCAUAGGCAGCCCUAAGUUAUACAAAAGCUGUAGUCCAAUAUUUCAUUGUCUCCCUGGUGUCUUUCUUUUCCCAUAGGAUAAGCAAUGUUAUAUAUAGCAGUUCAGCUCUCAGACUAGCAAACAGAAGACUAUUUAAUAGAUUGUAGUUAAAUAUAUAUUUGUUGAUGAAUGAAUCAAUAAAUAAAUAGUAGCUCCAUUCACUUGAGUUCUGUGUCCUUAAAUCAGGGGAGCAUGUACUAUAAGAGAGAGACAGUAAGUAUUUCCUCCUCCUUGGCAGGGAGAUAAAGGUAGAGCUAUUCAACUGUUAUGAUGAAUAAAAAUGCACCUCAUCCAUUCCCAGAGUCCCCUUGGCCCAGCUACCAAUUUCCCUUCCAUGGCCAUACUACUCUGGAUAAGCCUAGGGAGAUCUGUUUAUUUUACCUUUUCUGCUAUCACCUACUCUCCAUAUUGUCUCUAUCAAAACUCACUACUUUGGUAGUUAUAUUUUAAUUAGAGAGUGAAAAGAUACAGAUAGGGCUAACUCAGAUUAUGUUGGACUGACCAACACCACACUAAAUCACUGUCUUUAUAAACUCAAGUAGAUACUGACAGAUACCUAGUUAGUGAUACCAAGAGAAGCAAAAGUUUCCAACCCGUAUAUAUUAGACCUGGAUCAGUCAAGGAAACCAUUAGAACUUUUGCUUUUAUUUAUUUGAUGGACAGAGAAAAAUAUAUGGAAUCAGAGCUCCUAUCUGCUGGUUUAUUCCCCAAAUGUCCACCAUGAUCAGAAUGAGACCAGGCCAAAGCCAGGAAAUGGGAACUCACCAAAGACCUCCUAUGUAUGUAGCAGGGAUCUAACUAUUUGAGCCAUCACCAGUGCCUCCCAGGGUCAGCACUGUUGAGACACUGAAGUCAGAAAGCAGAAUCAGAAAUCCAAACCCAGCACUCUGAGGUUGGAGGAAUAUGUCCUAACUGGCACUUCAGUUGCUAGACAAAAUACCCACCCACAAACCAUCUUUGAUAGAAAGGUUUGUCUCCAAUUUAAAAAAAAAAUUAUUUACUUUACAUAUUCGAGAGACAUAGAGAUUGAAAAGAGAUCUUCCAUAUGCUGGUUCACUUCCCAAAGAGCCACAGUGGCUGGGGCUGGACCAGACCAAAGUCAGGAGCCUGGAACUCCGUCCACGUCUCUCACAUGGGUGGCAGGGUCCCAAGCACUUGGUCCAUCUUCUGCUGCUUUCCCAGGCUCAUCAGCAGAGAGGUGGGAGAGAAGUGUGCAGUUGGAACUCAAACCAGAGCUCAUAUGAGAUACCAGCAGCGUGAGCUAUGGCUUAACCUACUGUGCCACAGCACCAGUCUCCAAAUAAUACUCUUAUGUGUAUAUACCACAGUUUUUCUUUAUCUCAUCACUGACAGUCACCUAGAUUUACUCCCUAUCUUAGCUAGGGAACAGUGCACCAAUAAAUAUACAAGCACAGAUAUCUCUUUAAUAUGAUUAUUUCAUUUCUUCUGGAUCAUAUGGUAGAUCUUCUCUCAGUUUUUCUGAGGAAUUUCCAUAGUGUUCUACAUAAUUUACCAUUCCACUAAUACUAUAUAAAGAAUUCCUUUUUUCUCCACUCCCUUAUCACUAUGUUAUUGUCUUUUUGAUAAUAGCUGUACUUUUUUUAACAGCGGAAUUGAGUCUUUAUUUUAUUUUUUAAAAGAUUUUAUUUAUUUAAGCGGUAAAGUUACCGAAAGAGGGAGGGACAGAGAGACAGGUCUUCCAUCCACUAGUUCCCUCCCCAAAUGGCCACAACAACUGGAGUUUAGCCUAUUGAAAGCCAGGAGCUACUUCUGGGUCUUCCAUGUCGGUGCAGGGGCCCAAACACUUGGGCCAACUUCUACUGCUUUCCCAGGUCAUAGCAGAGAGCUGGAUCAGAAGUGGAGCAGCCAGGACAGGAAUCGGUGUUCAUAUGGGUUACUGGCACCACAGGCUAAGGCUUAGCCCACUCUGCCAUAGCGCCAGCCCCAAUAGUAGCCAUUCUAAUUGAGGUGCAUUGAUAUAUCAUUGUAGUUUUGAUUUGCAUUUCCCUGAAUGGCCAGUGAUAUUUUCAUAUAUUUAUCAGUCGUUUACAUUUCUUCUUUCAAAAAUUGUCUAUUCAUAUUAAUUGCUUAUUUAAAAAAAAAAAGACAUGAAAGAGUUACAGAGGGAGAGGGAGGCGAUGAGAGAGAGAGAAAGCUUUUUCUUCGGCUGGUUCACUCCCAAGCUCUUCCAUGUGCUGGGAGGUCAGUGUUUUACC